GUGUUAUCAAAACUAAUGCCACUGCAGAGAAAACAGAUGAAGAAGAGAAAGAGGACAGAGCCGCCCAGUCCUUACUCAACAAGCUGAUCAGAAGCAACCUUGUCGAUAACACCAACCAAGUGGAAGUCCUGCAGCGAGAUCCAAACUCCCCACUCUACUCGGUGAAGUCCUUCGAGGAGCUUCGGCUGAAACCACAGCUUCUGCAGGGAGUCUAUGCCAUGGGGUUCAAUCGACCAUCCAAGAUACAAGAGAAUGCGUUACCCAUGAUGCUUGCUGAGCCCCCACAGAACCUGAUUGCCCAGUCUCAGUCUGGUACUGGUAAAACAGCUGCCUUCGUCCUGGCCAUGCUCAGCCGAGUGGAACCAGCAGAGAGAUACCCCCAGUGUCUGUGCCUCUCCCCAACAUAUGAGCUGGCGCUUCAGACAGGAAAAGUGAUUGAGCAGAUGGGCAGAUUUCAUCCAGAACUAAAGCUUGCUUAUGCUGUUCGAGGCAAUAAAUGUGAGUAUAAAGGGGCAAGACCUAGGCCGUGAGUUGGGGUGGGUGGUUGGGUAUAUGAAUUUUGAAGAUGAGGUGAUGAGAUUCAACUUUCUAGUUCAGUCUGACCUUGGAGCCCAGUGUUGCCUUUAGCAAAUCACUUAAAUACUUGCUGAUUUGUUAAAAAUUCUCUCCACUCCUAAAAUAAGAUUUUUAGUUGUUAAAAAAAAAAUCCCUGCAUGAGUCAUGGGGUUCUUCCAGUGUGGAGUAUUUCACUGAGGAGCCAGGGUUUGAAUUCAGCACCCAGAGUUCUGGAAGCUGCUUACGAGGGAGGGAUGAGCACUGAAGAUGGUAGGUUGGGUCAGUUCCCUUUCUUUAAAAGCAAAGCACACCUUUAGUAAGAGUAAUCUAAGAGCACGUACAGUUCACUUGCUCUUACCAAAUCAGAAAUCCUUCCACCACUUCUUUUUUCAUGUGUUCUGUAGAAUGUAGAAAAUAUGGGUUAAGAUGGGAGGAGGGGCAGGUAGAAAAUGGGUAAUGGAGAAGUUAUCAGAAUAUAUAAAACUACAAAUCAAUUAGAAAAAAGUAAGCAUUCCAAUAGGAAAAUGGACGAGAGAGGCCCGGUUGAACAGACGCUUCGCAAAAGAAGGAAUUCAGAUGGCCAGUAAACGUGAAAAGAUGAUAAGCUUCAUUAGUCAUCAGGGAAACGUCAACUGAAACCACUGUAUGCCUCUCAGAUGGUAGAAAUGAGGAAGUCUGGCAAAGCAAGUGUUGACCAAGAUGGAGAAGAACUGGAAGGCUCACGUGCUCCAGUGGGGAGUAUACAUUGGCACACUGACGUCCAGAAGCAGUGGGCAUUACCUAGAAAAAUGGAAGAGAGACAUCCCUUCAACCCAGCAGUUUAUAAUCGCCUAGAGCAGCGGUUCUUAAACUUUUUGCUCUCUUACACUCUUAAACAUUAUUGAGGACCCCAAGUACUUACUUUGGAAGAAUAUGAAGAAAAUCUAGCCUUUCUUAUAAUUUUAGAUAUUGUUUUUUUGGAUGCCAUACCAAAACUUAUUAACAAGUGGUAAUUACUUAAAAGUUAGUUGCCAUGUGAUAUCUGAAAUCAUAUUAAUGAAUUCUUCGUACUGUUACAUUAAAAUUCCUUGGUCUCCCUUGCACUUUGAAUGCAUCUUUUGCCCAACUGUGGUUUUCUAACAUCAUAUCUUGGUCAUUUGGAAAAUACUGUUUUAUUGAGUUAUGCUGAUCUUCCAAAUGUUGACAUAUUUCAUAAUAUAAAAUUUUAAAUAGCAUUUAAAAUGCAUUAAUAUCACCGCCAACCCAGAGGAGUUUAUACAUGGAGAAACUCUCAAACCUACAGCAGCACAUAGAAGUGUUCCAAAAUUCUAAUUUUCUCUUAAGCUGAAACAUUAUCAUGACAACAAAUAACAGUCAGUUGUUUUCAUUUAAGUGAUAGGCUCUCUGUUCAUUUUCAAGAAAGUGUAUAUCAAAUUCCCUACUUGAUUUUCUUUCUUCUUCUUUUUUUUUUUGGCCGCACUGUGCGGCUUGUGGGACUUUAGUUCCCCGACCAGGGGUCAAAUUUGGGCCCUCGGCAGUGAGAGCACGGAGUCCUAACCAGUGGACCGCCAGGGAAUUCCUCGUUUGAUUUUCUGUAGUUUGUCUGUCAUUCAACAAACAAAAACGGCUAGUACAGUUACCAUACAAAUAAUCACACAAGGGCUUUUCCUGGAGGAAACCAUCAUGUUUCAGCAUGCAGAAAGAGUACUUUAACCAGAAAUUAUUAGUAUUUUUGUGUGUGUUUGAUGUCUUACACUGAUAGGUGCAGCUAAGUGUACUGUACCAGAAUCUUGAGACAACAUGGAUCUUCUCUAGAUUGUUAUAUAAUAACAGGGGACUUCACUGUGUGAAGGAUUAGUAUAUUAACUAUUUAAUGUAUCAUUUUUUUUAAAGUUCAGUUUAGACUGAUGGGCAGUGGACAGUGAGAACCACAAGGUAUUGAAGAGUUCAUUUAAAACUUUUCCAGUGGAGUUAAUGAAUUCCUGACUGAAGUCCCUUUCUCCUCGAACUUUAAAUUUUUUUUGAAAAUAGGUGACAUUCACAUGUUUCAAAAUUGAAAAGGAUAUAUGGUAGAAACUUUUCUUUUCCCAUACCCUUCAAACACCUGGUUCUGCCUGCCUAAAGGCACCCAGUACUAACCCGUUCCUCACAUGUCCUACCAGAGAUAGUCUGUGUGGCUACAGGCAAGUGAUAAUGUGAUAACGUGUAGGGACUUCCCUGACAGUCCAGUGGUUAAGACUCAGCGCUUCCAUUGCAGGGGGCACGGGUUCAAUCCCUGGUCGGGGAACUAAGAUCCUGCAUCCCUCAUGGCACGGCAAUAGAGAUAGAUGAGAUAGAUAGAUAGAACACUCACACACGCAUGUACAUAUAUUACAUGUAUUCUUUUUUGCCCCUAUUGGUAUACAAAUUGCUCUGCAACCUCUUUUUCACAUUUAAUCAUGUAUUUUGGAGAUUGUUCCACAUCAGUUCCUAAACGGUUUUAUACUUUUGUUGGUGUCAUCCAUUCGGUGCGUCAUAUUUUGCUUAGUUAUGUUUUAACGAAUGCAUAUCCUUGCAUAUAUGUUAUUUCACACAUAUUCAUGUACAUACAGGAUGGAUUCGUAAUAGUGGAAGCACUGGUCAAAGGCUACAUGCAUUAGUAAUUUUGAUAGAUG